AACGGUUUUACGGUUGAGGUAGUCUUUGUGGCAGGUUGAGAUUGCGAUCAAUAGAAAUUUCCUCUACAUUUGAGAUCUGAUGCUACAACUGGGAGGAAGGAAAGUCACCAGGGAAAUUUUAGCUCAAGAAGAAAGCAACACAUAUUGUAACUUUUGUUUCAGUUGUGAAGGAUAGCUUAGUAAUCGGGGUGGACCCUUUCGCACUUUCGGGCCCUUGGCAACGUAUGGAACACCAGAGCCCAAAGACAACCAGCGUCUAAGCUCAAGUCAAGGACAGCCACUUGCAGUUCUCAGAGCCGACUAUGACACUCGUCGUUGCACUCAUUGCUCUGAGCAGUGCUGUGUUGGUAACCUCGUCGGGCUUACAAGACACACCCAUAUCUCCUCGUAAUGACGAGUCUACCAUGCCUUUGGGGCCACAGCUGCCAAGAGAAUGGUUACCUGAGAAGUUUAUUUGGGGGAGUACGGACAUCAAACAAAAAGAUGCGUCCUUUCCACAUGUCUCAAAAUCCCUGGAUUUCGACAUUGCAGAGGUCAAUUCUCUCCAAGGCCCACCUUUGGGGUCAAAUGUAAAGUCUACUGUAAGAAAGAUUUUCGAAAUAUCAGCGCUGAGGCGGAAGAGACAGACCUCUCGUUUUCGAAAAGUUUCUCUGCCCCCAGUGCCUCUUCGAAUGUUUUCGGAUGAAUCAGAGCAUGGACUGCGAAGGAAAUCUGGUCCAAUAUCCUACUCACGUAGUCACCCAAAGGAAAUACCUCGUAUUGAGGGCGGAUAUGACGAAAGCCAUACCUCAAGAAACCCACCAAAUGAGUUUUCACGAACACGAACAAAUAAAAGAGGGCCACCGGUCGAUGACACACCUUUAGGAAGCAACAGGGAAUUUCAUAAAAGUUUAAACUAUGGGAGGUCAAACGACCGAAACUCAGACUCUGGAAGUGAAGCUGAAAACUAUGUGCCUCAAAGAUUUCCGCAGAUGCAGCAACAGGGCUCCUGGAACUCAAAGAAUUACAACAGUUAUUCUCCAAAGACGUCAGAUUUUGACUAUGAUCGAACAUCUACAGGGACAUACAGAAGCCAGUACGACAGUAACAAACAAUCUUCAUCGACAUCCAACAGACGAGACUCUUACGAUCACAGUAAUCAAGACAAUAAGUACAAUGGGGACCAAAACAAAGAUUAUAAUGGAGAGGGCAGCUAUAAGACUGGUGAAGGUCUUGUUCCACCCGUUCCUCUUCCAUCUGAUAAAUUUUAUGGACAUGAACUCGACCCUUACGAGCGAGCUUUUUUAUUUCCCCAAUCUAAGUCCACAUUUCCCAACGAACGUGUAGACCUAAGAAGGUUCUCCGAUCCCCUCCCAGAUUCGUAUGAUUCUCGCUCUGAAGGUGAAAAUCAAAAAGGUGAUUACAAUCCCGUUACAGGCGAUAACUACAAUAGCGGAAAUACGGAACUGUACGCACCUCGCCAAGACUCGCGGUACCCUCGACCACCCACGGGGCCCGUCAACAAUGGCGUGUCGUACAACACAAAUCCGUAUUCAGUUCCCAAUGAGCUCCCAAGACGCAAGGAGGGUAACUAUGACAAUGCACGGUAUUAUGAGAAAAGAUCCAACGACAAGAUAUACGGUACCUCAAGGCCUGAAGAGAGAUAUUACGAUGGCGAAAGACCCAAAGACAAGACGUAUGGUACCUCAAGGCCUGAACAGAGACACUAUGAAGGAGAAACAUCACCAAGACAACACAAUGAUGACAUCCGAGCCAAUAUGGACAGACGAUCCACAAAUUCGUUCUAUAAUACUGACAGGACUAAAGACACUUACCGUCAAGACUAUUUGCCACCCCCUGAAAGAUAUGAACGAUCGGAAGACAGAUACUACGAAAAUGCUUCUCCUUCCUCGAGAUAUUAUGACAAUAAACCUUACAGGAGACCAUACAAUACAAGAAGACCAGAGAAUUCAUUCUAUGAACAACGCGGGCACGAAGACCAAUAUAAUGGCAGACCUUCAGAAAGGUACGAAGGCAGUAGAGACCAUUACCCACAGAGUAGUUCACACUCUCCAAGAACCAAAAACUUUUACUAUAAGCCCUCAAAGCCGGGUCUGCGUGACGGUGACAGAUACAACGAUCGUUACUAUAAAAAACCCGCAUACGAAAACGAUUAUACGAACAACCAUCGCUUUUCUUCCAACUCAGACUUCGAAAACUCGGGCCAUGAUUAUCGGUCAGAUUUCUCAAGACCUAAAAAAGGCAGACCAGUAUACCCUUCUCCUGAUUCUGACUACUCAGAUCAGUAUGAAAUUUACAGAAACCGAAAUGAAAGCAGGCGGCGACCAUAUUACGACCCAUACCUGGACAGUAAUAGUAAUUCAUACCCUCCUCAAUCUGGCUCUUCAUUUAGGUAUCCUGCUAGGAAAUACUCGAAUCAAGCUCGAGAAGACAAUGAUUACCAAACCUUCCCAGACUAUAACGACAGGAAUUCCCCUAAUUAUGUUUCUACAUAUGAAAACGGCCCGGGUGGCAGACCAUAUUCCACAGAAACAGUCUACAACAAUAAAUACAGGCCCUCACAGAGCGAAAAAGAACCAAAUUAUGGAAACAAUUACUCCAGCUCUUACUCAAGUUCACCCCGGAGACAGCAAGGGUCCGAGUCACCCUAUCAAGUAAGGCCGUACACAUCGUCAGCGACAGACUAUGAACCAUAUAAAGGGGGCCAGUUCUCCAACUCUUACAGGGGCCCACCUCGGAGACAGUCUGAUCAGGGGUCAUCGGGUCAAGAUAAUAAUGGGGGUCAGGCGUACGGACGUGUGACCGAGUCACGUGAUCAAGAGCCGGCUUACCCAGAGCUAUUGUACCGCGACUCGUACAAAGCCCGACAGACCACCGAUUCUUACAGGUUUCUAAACCCGCCCUAUUCAAGGAACAGUCCACAAGGCUACGGGAUACGUCCAUAUGAAAGUUAUCGCCAUUCCAAAGAAACUAACGGUGUGACAGAGACAGACUAUCACCCUGCAGAGGUGCAUUCGUUUACAAAACCUCAACACAAGGGCGUUGGUGAAGAUGAAGGAGAUGUGCCGAGGGACAAGAGACAGGUUUCCACAGCUGCUCAGACCAGACUGCAAAACAGAGUCAAUCAAAGUCCCACCCCGAAUCUGCGUCUUUAUGGCGAUGUUGAUCCGCGUACUAUUGGGGCAGCUUUUGGUUCCAGUGCAGAUAAUGGUUAUCAAGAUGCGCGGGCAACUCCUUACCAGCCCCCUUCAAACUUGGGCGGAAGAAUACCCUUCGGACAAGCCCCAAACCAGCAGACACCAGGUCCAUACUCAGUUUACCCUCAGCAGCCCGAAGGUCUAACCCAAAGAAUAAGGAAUGGGGGCACCCAGCAGUAUUUUCCACAAAACGACUACAGAGGAGAGCAGCAAAUUUUACCUUCCCCAAAUCUUAACUAUCCAAGACCGCCUCAGCUGCUUCCGCCAGAGCUGACCUCAGGGUCUGGGUACAGGAACACGGUGCCCACUGCUGGUGGCUUCCUUGGAAACCGCCAAGCUUCAUUUUAUAACUCUGGACCCCAAACUUACCCCAGACCUGAGUACAGAGUGAACCCAGCUGAGUCCACAUACGACCGUUUUCCACCAAGCAGACCAGCAAUAAACACAUACGAACCACCUAUUCAAACUAGACCUGAGUACAGACCUCCACCAACGUAUUCGCCACAGCUGUUAGGUGACCCCUUUUCAAGAGACCAGGGCGUGUCGCUGCAAACACCGUAUGCGAAUCAACCGCCUCAACAAAAUUAUCCAGUCACCUCCUCUUCACAAGGCUUGCCGGAACGUAUUCUCGUUCCUUAUGUUAGAAUGCACCCCAAUCAGAAAUUCGCGCGAGAGCGACAGGUGGGCUUGCCCUUUCGGGACGCUUCGGAAUCCCAAUUUUUGGUAGCUGGAAAACCAUUCCCAAUGGAAGGUGAUUACCCCAUACCAACUUCAAACCAAUACAACGGCCAUAACAAUCCAUCAAAGUACACCCAGCAGUAUGCCAGCCCCCCUGUUCGUAAUCCCUACACUUCAUAUUUAGCUCCUGAGUAUCAGGAUCCUUCUUCUCAGCUGCAGGGAUACCCAUCGUCCCAGUAUCCAGCAGAACCCUCAGGAGUGUACGACACUGCGGACAACUUCCCAUACUUGACCUCCGCACCUCAAUCUUCGUCCUACGGCUCAGACGGCCCAACUGGAUCCCGGCUUCCUCUGACAUUCGCUCAAACACGGCAAAACAAGUACAAAGGUCUAGCCCCUGGCGUUGACAACGCGAACUAUCAGAACACACAGUUAGUGGAUUCUUCAAAACAAGACCAAAUCCCCCCACCCAAAAGUCGUGUCAGCUUCUCUCGAUUUGAAGACAACAAAAACAGUUACAGCCCCACUCCGGACCAAGCGGAAAAACCAAACUUCGGUCAGUACUCACCAAACCGGGAGCCAGGUCCUCAGGGGAGGUUCCCUCGGGGGUCAUCCCGUACAAGUGCGCAAAAAGACAUCAGAGCUCCGAGAGUCGGUCAAACUGACGUCAGCCCAACCUCGGCCUUCAUCGAGCCACUGAGUUCAAUGUUCAAACGAGAUAGCAGUGGAAACUUACACAUCCAUCUAUACAUCCCCAGGAAAAGAUAACUACCCUCUGGCUCUUUUAUCAUCCUCAUUCCAACUGCUUUUUACUCUCAUUUUUAGCUCCAUGUCGUUUUGUGUGUUUACAUCAGUGCAUUUACAUACUGAUCGUUUUUACUGUAUUGUACUCUACCUGUUUAAAGGUUUUCACCCUAGAGUGUUGCGUCUUCACAAUAUGGCGUUGAAUUCCCCAAUUUUGCUAUUCACAUAAUAUAUUUAAUUUAGCUCAUUGAAGCUUCUAAAUUAUGCCUUUUUCUAGUUCAGAAAAGCAAAAAAAUGUAAUAUAACAUGUUCCACUCAUAUCAGUUGUACGAAUAUCUUGACUAAUAAAAGACAGGUAUGCUAGUA